CCCACCGUGGGUGACUGGCUGAAGUAUCUUUGCUUCUGCACCAUCUUCAAAACGUGUCGGCUUGACCUUCACAGUCCGCUCUCUAAGCUUCAUCUUGCAAUCUUCACUAGCUGUUAGACUCAUUCAUUCAUCUACUGGCUCCGAAGGCCACUAUUUCAAACCGCUCACCAUGGCGACUUCAGGCGAGCCACAGCCUGCAACCGUGCCACAACCUUUCAUAACACCAAGACUACCCCUCGACAUCCUCUAUCACAUCGGAUCUCUUCUAGCUUCCGAGUCCAUCACUGAGCAUGAACACCAAAUAGACAGUAACAGUUCCUGCGACUGCUGCAUGGACAAGUCGUCAGCCUCUCUCUACAAACUGACCUAUACAUCCAAAGCCACCAGGGAUGUCUUGGAACCCUUGCUCUAUCGGAAUCUCAUCUUGACAACCCCCCAGGAUGUUACAAACAUAUUCAUCAAUCUCAUUCAAAGACCUGAACUUCGUCAACAUGUUCAGUACAUUCUUUGCUAUGCUCCUUUGGCGGGACCACGGGUGAGGAAACUUGAAAUGCCCGAAUGCAAGAGGAUUUGGUCAAAGCGAUGUCCUUCUGACAAACCUGCUCUGAUGCGUCUUCUCGAUGGCGCUGGUCUUCACAAACUCGCUUGGUCGGCUUGUAUGUUGGAGCAUACCAAGCAACGAUUCAUGUUUUCCCCUGAUUUCAAGCAUGAUGGCAUUCUGGAACUGCUGUUUGCGUCUAUUCUCUUCUUGUCGCCAAACGUGACCAGCUUUACCUGGCGAGAUUGCAACAACAACCCAAAGGCCUUCAUACUGGAUCACAUUAUGUGCAAGGCGGUACACGAUGGCCUUCCUCUCAUGCCCAAGCUGCAGAAACUCAGCACCGAAAAGGCAGAGUUUGAGGAGAGCAAGCAAGCACAAUUCUUCACCCCGCACAUCAACCUGUGGGAGAACCUGUACAGCCUACAACUCAACGACAUCGACUUGGACAUGGAAUUUGUUUUGAUGCUCUUUAAUGGAAGCUUCAAAGAGAACCGACCUGUGAGAGAACUUUGCGUUCGUUGUGUAGCUGGUUCAGAGCGACCAGAGAGCUUGACUUCGUUCCCACCAGGUUUCGAACUGGCAUCGACAAUGCUUCUAGGGGACAAGAAUCUCGAUAAUUACAAGGACCAGUUCAAAGCCUUCCCUAACCUCAACCUCCUCGAUGUAACUUUUGUCUUUCACAGACGACGCAUGGAGGAAGGUUCACUCACUUUGAAGACUUUCCUACAUGCCGUUGGGUCACCCGAGCGCUUAUGCCUGACGGGCCAUCCUCUGCCGACUUCGGCUUUAGACACUGGCGUCACACACUCGAGACUCAAAUACCUAAAGGUCCGGGAACUUCAGCCAAAUGCCCCUGCAAAGACGACAUCCAAGGACAACCUCAUCGCGGGGCUCAACCAAUUCUGGAACAAAAAGUCCAUAAUCGUACCGAACCUUGAGGAGAUUGAUUGGGAUCACUACACAUUCAAGAGAGAAGACAUGGAAGGUGAAGAUAAAGCUGUCUGGGAACUUGUUGGAGAAGAGGAGUGGGAAGAUGAUUCGGGAUCUGAUGAAGAUGAAGAUGAAGAUGAUGCGUUUUGGUACUCAAUGGAAAGAGGUGAUAUAGAUGCAUUUAUAGAGGGUGCAAUUGGUGUGGAAGAUAUGUGGGAUGCCUGGGGACCUUAGAGUGGGAUCAGGUACUACUGAAGAUUUUGGAAUCUACAUCUACGCGCCCAUGCAAAGAGGAACGGUUAAAGAACUAGAUAGAUUAUCUUUGAUCAUCUAGGAGACACAAUUCCCCGAACACUCCAGCCAUCCGUCA